AUGCCUAUCUCCGAAGAGAAACAGAAGGUCAUCUCAAAAGCCAUCGAAGACUGUGGCUUAUCGCCCGAUCUAUUCGAAACAUUCAAGAAGAUCGCUGAGGAUGAUGAUGGAUUCGGCAAUGACGCUUUAUACCGUUGCAUCGUCCAAGCUGGCAAGACUAUCAAAGUUUUGAAGGAGACAUUCAAUGAGACUAUCCUGCUAUCCUUAGCCAAAUUAUGCCCAUGUUUCGUCAACUCCAGGCCGACAAUGACCCCCGCAAGGGCAAGAUUGAAUCCGAUCGUUUGUUCUAGCUUCCACCGUACGAUUGUACCUUUCCGCUCCCGUCGCCCUCAGCAAGCCACCAACCAUGCCCGCCAACAAGGAACCAGAGCAGGAGAAGUGACAAAGGCCGGUUUGAGAAAUGGCUUUCGAUGA